UCAUCAAGUUCAAGGACAUACAUCCUCCAAAAGAGGAAACAUCGAAGUACAUUGGUAUCCUAUUGGAAAAAGAGGUCUUCUAAAGGAGAAACGGAUGCAUUGACAUUUUUGGUGUAUGCAGUUUGCCAAAAAUUAUUGGUACUAAAGGACUGGUUUUUCGGGAGAUCAGAAACAGUGAGGAGGAAACAAACCUGCGAUGAGCCCCCUUAAUUCACCCUCCUUGUUUAACGUCACUAUUGUACGUCCCGAAUUCUUUUACAUAAGCGGUUUUGCCGGUAUUCCCCACACAAAAUACUACUAUGUGUUCUUGUGCUUGUGCUUUGCUCUGACUCUACUGGGAAACACUUUUAUCAUGUUUGUGAUUUACACUGACCACUGUCUUCACAGUCCAAAAUACAUUGUCGUUUUUAAUUUGGCUGUGUCCGACCUGUGUGGAAGCACAACAGUCAUUCCUCAGAUGAUUGACACCUUCCUGUUUAAAUCACAUUUAAUCUCCUACAAGGCCUGCUUGACUAAUAUGUUUUUUGUUUUUUGGUUUGGCUCUGUGCAGUCUCUCACUCUCACUGUUCUGUCCUAUGAUAGAUGUGUUGCUAUAUGCUUUCCACUGAGAUACAAUGAGAUUGUGACUAGUAAAUCAAUGUUGGUGAUCACAGCCAUAUUAUGGAUUUUUGCUGGAACUGCCAUUCUUAUAUCUGUGAUAUUUAUCAACAGAAUAUCAUUCUGCAAAUCCAUUGUGGUAAACAGCUUUUUCUGUGAUCAUGGACCCAUACACCUUUUGGCAUGCAAUGACAACACUCCAAGUGCUGUGAUUCACUGGACACAUCCCGUUAUUAUUCUCUGGUUACCGGUACUUUUUAUCACAGGUACAUAUAUUUCUAUAGCCAGAGCGUUAUUUAAAAUUGCAGAAGCUUCUGAGCGCCUCAAAGCCAUGAAGACCUGUAGCUCUCAUUUGAUCUUGGUGAGUGUGUUUUAUCUUCCAGUAUGUAUCACCUAUGCAAUGGGCUCUGCCAUUCAACUGAAUGCCAGGAUCGUAAACAUGUCUCUGACCACUGUCUUGCCAUCAAUGCUGAAUCCAAUCAUUUAUUCUCUGAAGACAGAGGAAUUCACAGAAUCCAUUAAAAAGCUGUACAGAAGAAAAAAAAUUCACAUCGAUGUAAGGAAUAAAUAAAAGUUUUAAUCACAAAUUUUAACCCUCCGCUCAGCUGAACUGUAAGAGCUAUUAACAAAUUAAAUCCAAUAAAUUGGAACACAGUGAUAGAUAUGAAAAUCAAUUAUUUAUUUUCAAAAAUCUGAUUUAAAAUUUAAGUUAUAUAUGUAGUCUGUAUGUUUUGAGAUUUGUUAAUUAAAUCUGAAAAUAUAAACUAAAAGGUUUAUUUUGCAUGUCUGUUAAAUCUGACUCAUAUCUAGCAUAAAUCAAUUGCCCAAUCAAUGCCGAACCUCACUAAUGUUCUUCUGUUCAUCAUAGAUUUCAGGUGUGUACAUACUUUUGGCCAUAUAGCGUGUUUGGGUGUUCAGGCCUGGUGUUUCCUCUGUUUCUGUUGCCUUACUGAUCUGCAAACAUCCUUGUGAGGUCCCUGUAAAAAGCACUUUAUAAAUAAAACUGAACUGAAAUUGCGACCUUGUAAAAUUUGGGAACAGUCGACCUUUAGGGGGCACUAUACCAACUAUGAAAGUUUUCAAAGAGUGCAUCUUUGGCUUUGCUUCAUGGAAAAUUUUAUAAUUUACAUUAAUAAUGAACCAGCUUUUGCAAUCUAAUCCUAGGCCGUUAGGCU